AUGUCACUUGAUAAACCUGCUAGAGUGCAAGUAGACCCAGAAACUAUCCCACAAGAAGAUGCUCCACCUCAAACAGGUACUGUUUUCAAUAUUUGGUAUAAUAAAUGGUCUGGUGGUGGAAAUCAAUUCCAAUUAGUUAAGGCAAAAUAUAAAUUAAAUGUUGAAAAAGAUUCAGGUUAUACAAAAGCAAAUAAAACUGAUGGUUUAAAGUUUUUUUGUUUAUUUUUCGCAAAAGGAAUGUGUACAAAGGGUAAAAAAUGUGAAUAUUUACAUAGAAUACCAAAUGAAUUUGAUUUUUUACCUCAAACUGUUGAUUGUUUUGGUCGUGAAAAAUUUAGUGAAUAUAAAGAUGAUAUGAGUGGGAUUGGUUCUUUUAAUCAUGUUAAUAAAACUCUUUAUAUUGGUGGGCUAAUCAUUAAAGAUAAUACUCAUGAUUUAUUAAAUAAAAAUUUUAGAAAAUUAGGUAAAAUUGUUAAAAUUAAUGUUAUAAAUAAUAAAAAUUGUGGAUUUAUAACUUUUAAAGAUGAAAUUAAUGCUCAAUUUGCUAAAGAAGCUAUGAUUGGUCAAAGUCUUUAUGAAAAUGAUAUAUUAAAUAUAAAAUGGGCAAAUGAAGAUCCAAAUCCUGCUGCAAUUAAACAGAAAAAAAGACAACAUGAAGAAGAAACUUUCCAAAUUGUGGAAAAUUUAUUAACAAAAUUUGAUCAAUCUAAAAAAAUUAAACCAAAUCAACAACAAGAACCUGAAAUUGAAGAACCUAAAGAAUUUGAAACUCCUGUAGUUGAAAAGGAAAUUAAACAAAUUGAAGCAUCAAAUUCCAAAUCAACUAUACUUAAUGAAAAAUCAUUAAAUUAUUUAAGUCUUUUAGGGAAAGUUAAUCAAACUUCAACUCAAAAGAAAGAAACAGCACCAUUAGUUUCUGGUUAUGAAAGUAGUGAUGAUGAUGAAUGA